UUGUUUAUCAAACGAACCAGUCAGUGCCGUGGAGUUGUUGUAAAAAAUGGCGUUUUUAAUGCACGCGUGCGCUUUUGGAGUGAAAAUCAUAACCUUACCACUUCUGAUAGCGGAUUUGCUUGGACUUCUAUCUUUUUACAAACGCGUCUUUCCUGUAAUAAUGUCCGGAUUUGUGUCUUCGUACAAUGACAAAAUGAACGACAAGAAAAGGGAAUUAUUUCGAAACUUGUCUAAAUUUUAUCCUCCAAACGGCCCUCUGCGGGUCUUGGAGGUCGGCUGUGGAACCGGGGCGAACUUUGAGUACUAUCCGAAUGGCUCCAAAAUUACAUGCGUCGACCAAAACCCCUAUUUUCGAACCUACCUAGAGAAAAGUAUGGCGAAGAACGACCACCUCGUUUAUGACAAUUUCGUAGUCGCUUCAGGUGAGAAUCUCCAGGUAGUGGAGGACAACUCUGUGGAUGCUGUGGUGUGCACACUGGUUCUGUGCUCCGUCAGUGAUAUUCCCAAGGUUCUGCAGGAGUCAAAGAGAGUUCUCAGGCCUGGUGGAGCCUUUUUCUUUCUUGAGCAUGUGGUGUCUGACCCAUCAAGCUGGAUUUAUUUUUUCCAACAUGUUCUACAGCCAUUUUGGUACUAUUUUGGCGAUGGCUGUGAGACAACUCGUGCCACUUGGAAGCACCUAGAGGCAGCUGGCUUCUCUGAUCUACAGUUACGCCAUAUUGAGCCCCCUCUGUUUUUCAUCUUGCGACCACACAUUGUUGGUUACGCCGUGAAAUAAGGGAUUUUGCCAAAAAGGAAACAAUCAAUAUGAAGGGAAUUUAUUGUUAAAAAAUUUCUUUGAUAUACCAGUUUGUAUAAAACAGUAAAAUACAAUUGUUUUAUUGGCAAAGGGUUGAAAACAACCUAUAUCGUUUGCAUUAAUGAAUCUACACUUUAAAACUUUGCUGUAGUUUUGCAGCAGUUUUCCCAAUAAUUUACUGUAGGUUACUUUCCUAUUAGUACUGCUUUAACCAAAAUUAAAACAAUUUGACUUUUGAUAUUCAAAAGGAGCAAGAACAGACUGGUCUCAUCACUGGCAUUACACUUCAAAAAUGACAUUCUUAUUAAGCAUUUUUGUCUUGAAAAAAUAAAAAAAUAUUUAAAUCUUAAAUCACGAUAUAUUUACACAACAAGAGAAGUGACCCAAUAUAUUUAGUCUUGUUUUAUGAAAGAAAAUUUAAGAACUACGUAAAUUUAUGUUUAAAACAGUUACAGUAAGUUACUGGCAAAACUACAGCAAAUUUUUACAGUAUAGUUAUUUGUGUAUCCUGUUAACAGAACACUAAAAAGAUGUACAAAAAAGGUAAUUGGGAAAGAUAUUUAAAGAUAAAAGCAAUUCUCAAGAACAACUUUUUAUAUUAGUGGUUACCAUGCAAAGAAAGCAUUAAAUAUAAGUAGUGCAAAAACCUUACACCAUAAAUAGAGAAGUAUUGUUUUGUUUUUUGCUGAAAUAUGCAAAUAAAACUUUCCAGUUGCCAGUGAA